AGCUCCUAAAUUUCUCUCACGGAUCUCGAUGUACCACUGGAUGUACGCUUUAACAAAUCCUCACUCGUCACGUGAGUAGUAACAAAUUUUUAGUUGUUUAGAGCUCACCAUCGCCCUGCAGCCUGCAGUUGCAUCAGCAACAGCAGCUUGUCGCCGUAUCAGUGCGAGACUCUGGUUCCACUCCACAUGCAGUAGUGUCAAUCAAGCCGUCCUCCAACUGUUCAUUCCCUCCCGCAUUUUUAUCUACCCAAGAACCCCCGGAGAGAGAGAGAGAGAGAGAGAGUGGGGGGAGCAUUCAUCUUUGCCGACACCACACUGCAUCAUCCCCUUCCGGAAGCAAGAAGCAAGCAUAGCAUCGAGCACUUCUUCCAAGCCUGCGCGUAUAUGAGUUGUCCCGGGUGGAUAGGGCCAUAGAGAGAGAGAGAGAGCAUUGCGGUCGGAAAUGGGGUUUCCUGUAGAGAGAGAAGGGGCGGAGUAGCGAGACAAGUUAAGGGAAGGGAGCAGGGAGAGGUCAGGAAUAGCGGCACUCAAAAUGGCGGCGCUGGCCGCCGCUUCGGCCGGCCUCCUCCUCCUCGCGCUCGUGGUGGUGGUGGAAGCCGACACCGACGCCGCCGAUGUUGCGGCCUUGGGUAAUCUGUACACCUCCUGGAACAGCCCGGCGCAGCUCAACGGCUGGUCGGCCGGCGGCGGCGACCCCUGCGGCGCCGCGUGGACGGGCGUCUCCUGCUCGGGCUCCGCCGUCACCUCAAUCAAGCUUUCUAGUAUGGGGCUGAGUGGUACUCUUGGUUACCAACUGUUCAGUCUACUGUCAUUGAAAACAAUGGACUUAAGUGACAACAACUUGCAUGAUUCAAUUCCUUACCAGUUGCCAUCAAACCUAACCUAUCUAAAUUUGGCGAGAAAUAACUUCUCUGAUAACCUUCCGUACUCUAUAUCCAACAUGGUUUCACUUGAGUACCUCAAUCUCAGCCACAACUCGUUAUCUCAGGAAAUUGGCGAACUAUUUGGAAACCUCAAUUCACUUUCAGAACUAGAUGUAUCUUUCAACAACCUGACAGGGAAUCUUCCUAUUUCUAUGGGUUCUCUGUCAAAACUUUCUAGCCUUUAUCUGCAAAAUAAUCAACUAUCGGGCACAGUUAAUGUCCUCAGCAACCUAAGCCUUUCUACACUAAAUAUUGCACACAACAAUUUUAGUGGCAUGAUACCACAAGAAUUCAGCUCAAUUCCAAACUUGAUAAUUGGAGGAAACUCAUUUGUCAAUAUGCCUGCCUCCCCACCACCAACUCUCAUGCCACCGGAGAACCCACACGAUGAGCCAAACUAUCCUCAAGGACCUAUAAGUGCUCCAACUGGCCCUGAGACCCCUAUUGAUCAAGACAACAAGAAGCAAGGUCUGCUAACAGGUCCACUUGUAGGGAUUGCUGUUGGCUCAAUAGCUGCUGCCUCAUGUGUACUUUUUGUGUUGGUAUUCUGCCUUCACAAUGCCCGGAAAAGAAAUGAUGAUGGGAGCAGUGAACCAAAAGACAUGGUAGGUUCUCUUGCAGUAAACAUAGAGAAAGCAUCUAACAGAGAAAUCUGGACCAACCAUGAAAAUGUUGUUGUAGCAACUUCAGUUCGCCAACCUUCUGAAAAAAUGACUCCGGAGAGAGUAUAUGGUACAAAUGGUUCUACUGCAAAAAUGACAAAGGUUCCUGUGAUGGCAACUUCAUAUACUGUUGCUGCUCUCCAAGUUGCUACGAAUAGCUUUUGUCAAGACUCUCUCCUAGGCGAGGGUUCACUUGGUCGUGUUUACAAGGCUGAUUUUCCCAAUGGGAAGGUACUUGCUGUGAAGAAAAUAGAUAGCGCCGCACUUUCCUUGUACGAAGAAGACAAUUUUCUUGAGGUUGUCUCGAACAUUUCACGGCUCAGACACCCGAACAUUGUGCCACUUACAGGCUAUUGUGUUGAACAUGGGCAAAGGCUUCUUGUCUAUGAGUACAUGGGAAAUGGAACACUGCAUGAUAUAUUGCACUUUUCUGAUGAAGCAAGCAAGAAACUUACAUGGAACAGCCGUGUGAGGAUAGCACUUGGCACCGCUCGAGCUUUAGAGUACCUGCAUGAGGUGUGCCUGCCCUGUAUCAUACAUAGGAACUUUAAGUCAUCGAAUAUCCUCCUUGAUGAAGAGUACAGUCCACAUCUGUCUGACUGUGGGCUUGCUGCUCUAUCACCAAGUCCCGAGAGAGAGGUUUCAGCUGAGGUGGUUGGUUCUUUUGGAUAUAGUGCCCCAGAGUUUGCAAUGUCAGGAACAUAUACUGUAAAGAGUGACGUGUACAGUUUUGGAGUAGUGAUGUUAGAGCUAUUGACAGGCCGUAAGCCACUUGAUAGCUCCAGAAAGAGGUCAGAACAGUCUCUUGUCAGAUGGGCUACCCCGCAGCUUCACGAUAUUGAUUUACUUGCCAAGAUGGUCGAUCCAGCGAUGGAUGGCAUGUACCCUGCAAAAUCUCUCUCUCGUUUCGCUGACGUAAUCGCAAUUUGUGUCCAGCCGGAACCGGAGUUCCGUCCACCGAUGUCCGAAGUUGUCCAGCAACUUGUGCGCCUGAUGCAGAGGGCUAGCAUCAUAAGGCGACAAUCAGAUGAUCUGGGAUUUUCAUACAGGGUCCCCGAGCGCGAAGGAGGCACCGGUGGCGACAUCUUCUGAGACCAAAGUUCCUUUCAGCUAUACAAGUGACGCACAGUUUGAAAUAUGUGCCAACACCCACCCAAGAUGGCAAAUCAGAUUUGGAUCUGGUCACUUUUGGGUGCUGGAUCGUUCGGUUUAAUUGUGUCCUCUACUGCCCUCUCAAUGACAUGUAUAGUAUGCGGAUCCUACUGGGACUUGUGAGUUAUGAUUAUCAUGUACAGUAGUUUGUAUUGCUGCAAUUGGUGGAUAUAUAUGGAAGAAAAAGAAGUGGAAAUUUACUCU